AUGCCCCUCCCUCCGUCUCCCCUGAAACUCUCACACCGCUACCCAUCCAGCGGAAUCGACGACUCACCCAUCUCCCCUGGGACAAAUGGAAAUAACUUCGCACUCGCAAGCCCCCGAUUAUCAGCUCCGUCAUCUCCUGCCAUCUCCCGCCUCAAUUCCAACAUGAGCGAGUCACAUCGAGAAUCCGGAGACUUCUCCGCCGUUGAUGCAGGCGGAGGAGGCCUGGGAAACCUAGCUGACGAGCUGGCUGAUGCAUGGGAAGAAGAUGAAGAUGGAUAUGGAUAUGUGUCAGGCCAGGAAGCCAGCCGUGCGGGGUCACAGCAAAUAAGUCACAGCGAUAUGGAAGAUGCAUACAUACAAUCAAUGCAUGGCCUGCGUUCCCGGUCACCCUCCAUUUCAUCCGAAAAAGAUUCACUCCACCCAUCAAGGAACAGGAACCGCACAAACCUUCUACGGUCACAUCGACGACAGGAGUCACAAUACGACGGUUCAGAUUACGGACCUGACUCGGACCUAGAAGAGACGGACAUUUCUCCUGCCCUGGAGAGCCAAAUGGCUGAGAUCGAGAGCCUCGCUCGGCGGGGUAUAGAGAACAACGGGAGCGAAAACGACCACGUUAUUCAGCGGACGGUCGAGUCAUUGAAAGAUCUCGGCGGACAAAGCGGGAUCGAAAACAGCGCCAUGAGACUCAUAACCGCCUAUUCCUCAAUCACAUCACAUCUCACCCACCAAACCCGCGCCCUUCAAUCCCUAGUUCACCCCCUCCUCUUCUCCCCAUUCCCCCUCCUCUCCGAAGACGCCAUCGACUCCCUCAUGCCCCUCAUCGACGAAGGCCUCCUACCAAACCUCCCAUACCCAUUCCCCGAACAACAACGCCAGGCCUCCCGUCCAUCAACCCCGCAAUCCUCCGCACACAACCCCCUCGCCUCCCUCCAAGCCCUCAUCUCCCAAACCGCAGACAUCACACAUUCCCUCCGCGGCUUAAGCGACACGCUCUACGAGUCGCGACAAUUGACAGCCACAGCGUCCCGCCGACUCCGCUCCGCGCGCGAACUCGUCGCUGAUAUCCGCCGGGAAGAAGAGAGCCGCGAAGAGGGAUCCCGGUGGAUCGAGCGCGGUGAAUGGGACCGUCGUCUAAGGGAUAGAGAGGCGGGUAAGGUCUGCGGGGAUGUUGUCAGUGGGUUUGAGGCUGUUUGUGGCGAGUGGCGUGAGAAGCUCUUCGGGGCUAAUGCUGAAGUUGCGGCUGCAUAG